AUUGUUUCCGCGUCCCCUCCGCCAACAAGUCGCCCGCAUCUCUCGACCGCCGCUUGAGCCUGUAAUCGUCGAGACCGAGUCGCCAGAGCACGCCUAGCAUGGCAGACACCACCACCGACAGCAGCGAAGACAUCGCUACCCAGUACGACCUCCUGCCGAAGCUGAUCCAGAACCUGGACCGACACCUGAUCUUCCCGCUUUUCAACUUCACCUAUGGCGCUGACGACGAGGGCGAGCAGUCAAGGGAGAGCAAGGAGAUCCUCUUACAACUGUUGAAGCCGACCAACAUGAUAGACUAUGUGGGCCAGCUGGAACAGGACGUGAAGGGCCUUGACGAAGUGCCUGCGGAGUACAGCAUAAAGAGGGAGAGCACGCUGAAGACGCGGGACCGGUUGGAGCAAGAGACGGCCAAGAUAAGAGACCUGUUGACCGACGAGACGGUCAUCAACGCGCUCAGGAGUGACAAGGUGGCCAACAUGAACUACCUGAAGGAGAAUUUCAAAGUCACAGACGAGAUGGUCAAUCAGCUCUAUGAGUAUGGGAACUUCCAGUACAGCUGCGGCAUGUACGGCGAAGCCGCUGAGCUACUAUACAGAUUCAGAGUCUUGUCCACCGACAAUGACAAGGUCGCCGAAGCCACCUGGGGCAAGCUCGCCAGCGAAAUCCUUAGUGGGAACUGGGAGGCCGCCAUGGAGGAGAUCACAAAGGUGAAAGAGUCCAUCGACACACGGCUCUUCAACAACCCCCUCGCUCAGCUCCACCACCGCACCUGGUUGAUCCACUGGUCUCUGUUCCCCUUCUUCAACUACGACUCUGCAAAGGACACCCUUACCGAGAUGUUCUUCUCGCCCGCCUACAUCAACACUAUCCAGACAAACUGCCCCUGGGUCCUCCGCUACCUCGCAGUCGCCGUCAUCACGAACCGUAACCGCAACCGCAACUCGAACCAAUACCAGAAGCAGCUGAAGGACCUAGUGAGAAUCGUGCGACAAGAAGGCUACGAAUACCGCGACCCUGCCACGGACUUCAUCAAGGCGCUCUACAUUGACUUUGACUUCGAGGAGGCACAGAAGAAACUCUCAGAGACCGAGAUCCUCCUCAGCAACGACUUUUUCCUAGCCAACUCUGCCGCUCCUUUUGUGGAUGCCGCACGCCAUCUCAUCUCCGAGACAUACUGCAAGAUUCACCAGAGGAUAGACAUCAAGGACCUCUCCACCCGCCUCGGCCUCACCCAAGACGAAGGCGAGAAAUGGAUCGUCAACCUCAUCCGCGACACGCGCGUCGAUGCCAAGAUCGACUACCAAGCCGGCACCGUCGUCAUGAACCACCCGCCCCAGUCCGUCUACCAGCAAGUGAUCGAGCGCACAAAGGGCGGCUUCUUCAGGACGCAAGUCCUCAGCGCUGCUGUUGCGAAAUGAAAAAAUUCUCUCGCCUUACUUUCACUGUUGGUUUCGCGGGCAUGUUUUCUCGGCUUUUUGGGACGGCUUGCUGUGCUGUGACGCUAACUUGCAGAGCGGAGCGGAGUAACGGUCUUUCACGCUUUGCUUGGGUUGGGGCUGGGUCUGCAUGCAUCGUGCGGGUGGAUAGAACAGUAUGCGUGUGUGCUCUGGAGCUGGGCUGGCGAGGGAAAAGCGGGCGACAUGCUCACGUAGAGGGCAUGAAUUACACGACGAAUGGCGGGACGAAUGGCUGAUGAAUAUGACUGACAAGGGUCAAGUAUCAAAAGAUGUGAAGCCAAUAGGGGACCACCUCGACAGGUCAUGGGCUCGGCCGCUGGCGAAAGGCCUUCGUAUUCUAGAUUAGCAAAUGAGGAAAGUAAAUCUCGCACUCCCAUGCCCGUUCUCGUCUGUGAUUCAGCCGCGAACCGUGAUCCGCCUUGACAGGUGGGUGGGCCGGCAACUGGGGAGCU